AUGAUUUAUUUACAACUUUUGUCCAAAAUAAUAUUUAUUAUUUCUAUCAUCUUUUUAACUUCUGGCAUUCAAUCUGAUUCCGUUGUUCCUUUAAACGAUUUGUCAAAUGAAUAUUUAAAUGAGGAUGGUAAUUGUAGUAAUAAUAAUAUUUUCAAUUAUUUUUGGACUUUAAGUGGAAAUGGAAGAAAUAGUAGUGUUUCACACAUUUUUGGGACAUUAAAAAGUCUAACAAUAAAUGAAGAAUUACCAAAAGAAUUGUGGAAAGAAUUAAAUAAUUCUGAAAUUAUUUUAUUAGAAACUAAUUAUAAUGCAAAACAAGCAGCUUGGAAAGAAUGUUUUAAAAAAUUAAAAGAAAAGGAAAUUCCGUUUGGAAAGAAAAUUGAGGAAAAACUUCAAAAUUGUAAAAAUAAAAAAAAAUAUUUUUUUGAAAUUGUUUAA